AUGGAUGUCUGGGUCAAAUGGAUAGCAAUUUCAGUGCUGCUUACUGUGGUCUGUGGCCAAUUACUGAAGCAGGCAAAGGCCCCUCUACUUCUCCACAAGCCUUUCGUUGUUCUCUGGAAUGCACCCACUGAACAGUGCAGGCUGCGGUAUAAAGUGGACCUGGAUCUUGGUGUUUUUGACAUUGCAUCAAACACCAAUGAGACUUUGAGUGGAUCGAAUGUGACAAUCUUUUAUCACACUCAUUUGGGAUACUAUCCCUACUACUCGGAUAAUGGAGAUCCUGUGAAUGGAGGUGUGCCACAAAAUGAAAGUCUUAUCAAACACCUUAAUAAAGCAAAGUCUGACAUUGACUAUUCCAUACCCAUGAAGAAAUUCCAAGGACUUGCAGUCAUUGACUGGGAAAACUGGAGACCCCAGUGGGAUAGGAACUGGGGCAAUAAAACCAUUUAUAGAAAUAAAUCUCUUGAGAUGGUUAGGAGACGGCACCCUCAGUGGUCAGAGGACAAAAUUAGGAAAGUAGCUAAAGAGGAAUUUGAAAAUGCUGGCAAGAGCUUUAUGAACAACACUAUCCUUCUGGCUGAACAUAUGAGACCAAACGGUUUGUGGGGUUACUAUCUUUACCCAGACUGCUACAAUUAUGAUUACAAAGAACACCCAGAAACUUACACAGGCAAAUGCCCAGCCAUUGAAUCUUCCCGAAAUGAUCUCCUGCUUUGGCUGUGGAAGGAAAGUACUGCUCUCUACCCUUCUAUAUAUCUGGAUUAUAUAUUGAAGUCAAGUCCAAAUGCACUAAAAUUCGUUCACUAUCGGGUUAAAGAGGCAAUACGUAUUGCCUCAAUUGCUAGAAAAGACUAUGUUUUGCCUGUUUUUGUUUACUCCAGACCAUUUUAUGCCUAUACUUUUCAUGUUUUAACAGAGACUGAUCUGGUGAAUACGAUUGGUGAGAGUGCUGCCUUGGGAGCAGCUGGAGUUGUUCUUUGGGGGAGUAUGCAAUAUGCCAGCUCAAAGGAGAGCUGUUCAACUGUGAAACGAUACAUUGACGGCCCCUUAGGGCAUUAUGUCAUUAACGUGACUUCUGCAGCCAAACUCUGUAGCAAAGUCCUGUGCAAGAAGAAUGGAAGAUGUAUCCGCAAAAACAGUGACUCCUCUGCUUACCUCCAUUUGUCAUCCAAUAAUUUUAAGAUUCAAGUCCAUCACUCUGAGAUGGGCCCAAGAUUCCAGGUGACUGGAAAACCAAGCCUGAAAAAUAUAGAAGCCAUGAGGCAGCGAUUCAUGUGUCAGUGUUACCAAGGCUGGACAGGAAUAUUUUGUGAACUACCUGACCAAACGCUAAUGGAGCGCUGGGUUCGCUUUGUGUUCAGUAGAUCAAGAAAACAGAAGCUUUAUAUCCUCCUCUUAGGAGCCAUGCAGCUUCUUCUCCUUUAUACUGCACACUAA